CCGGGUUUUAGUACCACCCAUAAUUUCUUUUGGUUUAAAAGACUUGAAAAAUGUCUUUCGGAGGAUUCAGUUUUGGUGCCAAGACAACUGCCACAUCUGGCACGACCGCAGCCCCUGGUGGGUUUACGUUUUCAACACCAGCUACAUCAUCCACAGCUCCAGCAGGAGGGUUCUCAUUUUCCACUCCAGCUGCGGCCACCACUGCAGCCACUGGACUUGGUUUUGCCAAACCUCUAGCUGCCUCCACACCAGCACCUGCAGGGUUCGGUUUGGGUGGCACCAUGACCUCAACAACUACAUCGGCUAGCACAGGUUUUGCUCUUCCAGUCAAUCCUGGCUCCACAGCAACCGGCGUCAGUUUUGCCCUGCCGACAACAUCCACCAUGAAGACCAGUGCUCCUAGUGGAUUCACUUUAGGACCAGCUGCUCCCGCUUCCACCGGAACUAGCAUUUUUGCGAAACCUGCAGCUACUAGUGGCAUAUCUUCAUUUUCAUUGGCGCCUGCUCAACCAGCUGCCACAUCUAGUGGAGGGUUCUCUCUUACUGGGGGCCUCAAACUUGGUGCUUCAACAGCAGCCACAACCUCAUCCUCACUUUUUGGAGGAAUUUCAGGAUUGGGGGCUGCAUCAAGUACGGCAGGGGGCAGUAUUUUUGGGACAUCCGUUGCCAAGACGACCUCUACAGGACUAGGAGGGGUUGAUCCCAAAACCACAACAUCAGCUACUGCAAAUGAUCCAAGCAAACCAGGGGAUGGCAAGUCGGCCAAGGAGACGAUGGUUGAAAACAACAUCAUGCUUGAUGUUGAUGAACUAAGGAAGUUUGUGAAGGAGGAGAAGGGAGAGAUGGAGCAGAUGAAGCGGCUGUCCUCUACACCGAUGGGGAAAGUCCAGGAAGACUGUGCAGCACUUAGACAACUGCUGUCUCUUGUCUCCAGUGGUCUUCAGAGGAAUGUCUGCAAUGUGGAAAAACUCAAGAGAGAAAUGACCGGGGAGUUGAAGCAUGCAGAGAUGGCAGUGAGGACAAAGGAGACGCCUCCGGGCCUGCAGUACGAGAAUACAGCUCCUAUGUUAUACUUUCAGUGUGUGAUAGAGAGCUUUGAGAGUCAGAUGUUACAGUACAGACAGCAGAUUGAGAUGCUGGAGAACCACUUGGCCUCCUUACACCAACCCAGCAGACUUACACAUGAUGAGCUGAUUCUGUUACUAAGGAGACUCCAUGAAGCAUUUGUUGCCAUGGCAGCACAGCUACAACAGAUCCAUGAAGCUGUCAAGACCCAAAAAGAGCACUACCUGAACUAUCGAAAGGUAUUCCAUGGUGAUGCGAAGAAUAUUUUCGAGCGUCAGAAAAAAGCCCCCGUCCGAGUGUCAGCCCCAGCCCACAUGGAUAUUUAUGGCCAGUCCCCAUUUCCCGGUGUCAACAAUGCUGCAGCUGUUGCCAUGGCCACAGCCUUGACCCGGACCCAGCAACCACAGCCCCAGGCUGGGGCUCCACCUGUCACAGGCUUCAGUAACUUUGGGACCACCUCAGGGUUUGGGACAGGUAAUCCACCAAGUUUUGGCCUUGGCACAAGUACAACACAGCAAUCCGGAUUUAAAGGGUUUGGUACUGGAGGUGGGCUAUUCGGGAGCGGGACAACAUCCACCCUUGGCUCCACUCAAGCUGGUUCCCUGUUUACAAGCCCACUCCCCUCCACCCUGCCAGCCCCUAGCCUCGGUGGGGAUACUUCCUUUCAGCUUAACCGGCCUCCAGCUGGGGCCAAAAGGGGCAAGAGAUAGGAGCUGCUCGUUCUAGGCUUAAGGACAACUUUCCAGGAUUGAGGACUGCUUUCUAGGCUUUAGGACUACUUCUUGGACUGAGGACUUCUUUCUGGGCUUUAGGACUACUUCUUGGACCGAGGACUUCUUUCUGGGCUUUAGGACUAGUCUACUUCUUGGACCGAGGACUUCUUUCUAGGCUUUAGGACUACAUCUUGGACUGAGGACUUCUUUCUAGGCUUAUGGACUCCUUUCUAUGUUUGAGAACUAGAUGUGGAAAUUGAUAUUAUAUUUUGUCAUCAAUGGGAAGGGACAUUUACAACUUGAUUAAUUCUUUCCAUCAAAUUAAUUUAGGAACUGUUAUUUGUAGAGGUAAGGACUAGAUGUCAAAAUUGAUUGAUUGAUAAUGUUGUCGACAGUUGUGUGCAUCGCAAAAAAUUUUUUUUACUUAAAUUGUUUUAUUUAUCUUAAUGUUAUAUAAUAGAUUAAAGGAAUAAACAUGUUAUUCAUGUUUCAUUCCGUUUUUGGCGUCCACUUUUAUCAAGCAUUUUUGGGAAAAAAUGAAUUCAUUUUGUUCAAGAGUUCUAAAUAUUAUUAUUUUUUUUCCAGUCCAACCAAUUAUUACAUUUUGGUUUAAAAGAAGAAUUCAGUCAAGUAACCAUUAUUUUCUUUCAUGCUUUUGUGAUGCUGUCUGUAUACUAUGAUGUGUAAAUAUUUGCAUGAGUAAAUGAAAAUGGAAUAUGAAGGUCAGGAAUUCUAAGAUUAACAGGCUGCAUUACGUGUUGAUUUUGUGUGACAAGGAUGAUGUUUAGAAACACAAGUUGUAAUCUGUGAUGUGAGAUAUUGUCAUAUAAAAUGAUUGAGAAUAAAUGCAUGGUAAAUGAUA